GUGAAUGGCACCAAGAUCCCCACCGGACAUAAGGUGCUGAUUGACGCCCGCUUUGAACUGCCGUUCGCAUCUGGAGAGGACAAAGAGCUCCAAGAACAAGAGUCGGCCGUGCUAGAGCGCAAACUUCGUCUCCUCCAGGAUAUGAUGCAAGGCGGUCAGCCUGCGGACCAACAACAAGCCCAACUGCCCAACCAAGCUGCUGCCCAUAGUCAUUAUCUCUCCGAAGACAGCGAUUAUACAAGCGAUGUUAACGUACCCUUUGCCGGGGGUCUGAGUCCGCACAGGAACGGCCAGCCGCACAUCCACGACCACUACGACUCGUACGACCAGGAUCACAUCCCCGAUCACCUGAACCACCAGGAUCAUCUGAACCACCAAGAUCAUCUGAAUCACCAAGAUCACUUGAAUAAUCAGGAACAUAUUCAUCAUCUCCAGGCAGAGGUGAGGCCGCUGGACGGCUCCCCGUUACAUGCUGAAGAGGACUAUCCCGACUAUGAGCUUGACUAUGAUCAGGAAAUGGAAGCAUACUAUGGCGAGGGAUACUCCGAAAGUGACCGGGAACGUUACGCUGAAGAGGAUAUGGGCGACUAUGUAGAGGACGAUCGAGGAAGUUACUCGGAACCAGGCAUCGAGGAGGGCCGACCGCCGUACCCGGACGAUUAUUACUCGGACGAGUACGACCCUCGCUAUCGCGAGCACAGUUUCGACGAGUACAGUAGAGACGAGUUUGAGAGAGGCGAGAGUUUUGAUAUGCCCCAGAGUGACGGAGAGUCACUAACUAGUAGCGGAGUUGGGCCGCCCCAUGAGCCCCGCCCUGGAUAUAUAUACCCACAGGAUAGUUUAAGCGGACAAGGGAGUAGACCUUCAUUAGGAACAGAAAGCCUUGUAAGUAGCCAGAUGUCAUCGCCACGCAUGAGCCGUGACAAUCUGCUGGAGGACCCUAGCCUUGACCAAGUGCCUCCUGGUGAGGAGGUGCCCGAUGAAGGUGGCUUUGAGAGCCAUAUCACCCCGGCCAAGGCUCGCUGGCUCAAUGCCUUCCAUCGAGUACGCCAGCAAAUGGAAGAGGAGCGCUCAGCGUACUUGGAGGAGAGCGCUAAUGACUUCUCAGGGAGAGGUCUAUGGAGUAGUAUAGCAAAUGGAGGUCUGUACCUGGAUAUAAAUUCAAUGCCAGAGAUUCUUCCACGACGAAAAUCAAUUCCUCUGGAGAUUGGAGUCAAAAGCUUCUGUUGGUCGUUGGCUGCUAUAAAGAGACAGUCUGGUCCCUCCACCCUGGUCACGAGGCAAUCUCUAAAUGAUGAGGAAUUGAAAAGCCACGUGUACAAGAAGACCCUUCAGGCCCUCAUCUACCCCAUCUCAAGCACCACGCCCCACAACUUUGAGGUGUGGACAGCUACCACACCCACCUACUGCUACGAGUGCGAGGGUCUCUUAUGGGGCAUCGCCAGGCAGGGGGUACGCUGUGCCGAAUGCGGCGUCAAAUGCCACGAGAAGUGCAAAGACCUUCUGAAUGCAGACUGCUUGCAACGAGCGGCCGAGAAGAGUUCCAAACAUGGCGCUGAAGACAAGACGCAGAACAUCAUCAUGGCCAUGAGAGAUCGGAUGAAGAUAAGGGAACGCAACAAACCGGAGAUCUUUGAUCUGAUUCAGGGGGUUUUUAACAUUCCGAAGCAGCAGCACGCCGGCCACAUGAAGGCGGUUAAACAAAGUGUCCUGGACGGAACCUCAAAGUGGUCGGCCAAGCUGGCCAUCACGGUUGUCAGCGCCCAGGGCCUGAUUGCCAAGGACAAGACGGGGACCAGUGAUCCCUACGUCACCGUUCAGGUCGGCAAGGUCAAGAAGAGAACGCGAACCGUCCAGCAGAACCUGAAUCCCGAGUGGAACGAGAAGUUCUUCUUUGAGUGUCACAACUCAUCGGACCGGAUCAAAGUCCGAGUGUGGGACGAAGACGAUGACCUCAAGUCCAAGCUGAUGCAAAAGUUGACCCGAGAGUCUGAUGACUUCCUUGGACAAACAAUCAUUGAGGUUCGCACUCUAAGCGGAGAGAUGGACGUAUGGUAUAACCUUGAGAAAAGAACGGAUAAGUCAGCAGUGUCUGGUGCCAUUCGGUUACACAUUAGUGUAGAGAUCAAAGGAGAAGAGAAGUCUGUUGCCCCUUACCACGUACAGUAUACAUGUCUACAUGAGAAUUUGUUCCAUUGUUUGAGCGAACGAGAGGCAGGCCAAGUGAAGCUUCCAGCGGCCCGAGGAGACGACGCCUGGAAGAUCUACUUUGAAGAAACCCCUCAGGAAAUUGUUGACGAGUUUGCCAUGAGAUAUGGCAUUGAGUCAAUAUAUCAAGCAAUGACCCAUUUCUCCUGUCUAUCGUCUAAAUACAUGUGUUCUGGUGUACCUGCUGUUAUGAGUACACUACUAGCCAAUAUUAACGCCUUUUAUGCACAUACUACAGCUUCAACAGCAGUGUCCGCUAGUGACCGAUUUGCUGCUUCCAACUUUGGUAAAGACAAGUUUGUUAAGCUGCUUGAUCAACUCCACAACUCAUUGAGAAUCGACCUCUCCGCAUACAGAAAUAACUUCCCCGCAAAUAGCCCUGAGAAACUAGCAGAUCUUAAAUCUAUGGUAGAUCUUCUGACGAGUAUAACGUUCUUCAGAAUGAAAGUUCAAGAGUUAGCGAGUCCACCGCGCGCUGCCACCGUCGUCAAAGAUUGCGUCAUUGCUUGCCUGAAGUCUACCUACGAAUACAUCUACGAGAACUGCUUCGAUCUCUACCAACGGGAAUUCCAACCGGACCCGUCGGAGAGGCCGAGUGAAGGGGAUGCGGCCAACGGACCCAGCGCUAAGAGCUUAGACUUCUGGACUAAGUUAAUCUCGCUGAUCGUGUCCGUCAUUGAGGAGGAUAAGACAACUUAUACAGCAAUCUUAAAUCAAUUUCCCAAUGAGCUGAAUGUAGGACAAUUGAGUGCCUCCACGAUGUGGAGUUUAUUCGCCCAUCAAGACCUCAAGUACGCCUUGGAAGAACACGAACAGCAGCGGUUAUGUACCAGCGCAGAAUACAUGAAUCUACAUUUCAAAGUCAAAUGGAUGUACAAUAAGUACAUAGAAAUAGUACCUCCUUACAAGGACUCUGUUCCCGAUUAUCCAGCAUGGUUCGAGCCGUUCGUGAUGCAGUGGCUGAGUGAGAACGAGGAGCUAUCCAUGGAGUUUCUCCAUGGAGCUCUGGAUCGAGACGAGAAGGAAGGAUUCCAGAAGAGCUCAGAGCAUGCAAGGUUUUCAUGCUCCGUCGUUGAUGUCUUCACGCAGCUCAAUCAACGGUUUAAUAUCAUCAAGAAGCUGGAAUGCCCUAAUCCAGAGAUUGUUAAUCGCUAUAUGACCAGAUUCUCACAGACCAUCAACAAAGUAUUGCUUGCGUACGCUGACGUUGUACAUGAGAAGUUUGCCAAGUACUGCUGCAGUGAUAAGAUUUCCUUACAAGCCUGCAUCCUGAUGAACAACAUCCAACAACUGAGAGUCCAGCUUGAGAAGGUCUUUGAGUCCAUGGGAGGAGAGAGCCUUGACCCGAUAGCAGCGGACAUCUUGAAGAAACUACAGGGAAGCCUAAAUGAGGUGCUUGACCAACUCAGCCUAAUAUUCUCCAAGAGUUUGGAGCCACGGUUACAGGAGAGCAUUCAGCAGCUGAGCAUCCUCCUCGGUGAGGUGAAGGGUGCAGGGAACGUUGCCCUGAGCCAGCCUAGUCAGAAGGCCAGUGUCCAGGCAGAAGCUGAUAAUGUACUCAGACCUCUCAUGGAUGUCCUUUACAGCAAUUUGACGGAGCUGGCCCAGAACUGUGAGAAGACGGUUUUGAAACGUCUACUUAAGGAGAUGUGGAGAAUUGUGGUCAGCAAGGUGGAGAAGGUAGUGGUCUUACCUCCCAUGAAUGAUGCCUCGAUGAGCUCAAUAUUGGCCACACUCAACCCAGCUCUUGUCAAACUACAGCAAGUACAUGGUGCUACUAAGGAGGGUAACCGAGAGGAGAAUAAGAAUUUGACGCCAAAGCAGUGUGCCGUCUUGGACAUGGCACUCGAUCAAAUCAAGCAAUAUUUCCACGCUUCUGGCAACGGUCUGAAGAAAGCGUUUCUGGAGAAGAGUUCUGAGCUACAAUCACUGCGCUACGCCCUGUCUCUGUACACGCAGACGACUGAUAUGCUUAUCAAGACCUUCGUACAGAGUCAAACCUCACAAGACCAGCCCAGUUUGACUGACUCCGUUGGUGAAGUUUCAAUACAGGUUGAUCUGUUCACCCAUCCUGGAACUGGGGAACACAAAGUCACUGUCAAAGUGGUUGCCGCUAAUGAUCUGAAGUGGCAGACUACCAGUAUGUUCCGGCCGUUUGUUGAAGUGUACAUGAUUGGACCCCACCUGAACGACAAACGACGCAAGCACAGCACCAAGUCAAAAGGAAACAACUGGGCCCCGAAAUACAAUGAAACAUUCCAAUUCAUUCUGGGUAAUGAGGAUGAGCCAGAUGCAUACGAGCUUCACAUCUGUGUCAAGGAUUACUGCUUUGCUCGCGAGGACCGUUUGAUUGGAAUCAGUGUUAUGCAGCUGCGGGACAUUGUUGAGUGCGGUAGCUGUGCCUGCUGGUGCGCGCUAGGCCGCAAACUCCACGUGGACGACACCGGCGGAACAAUACUGCGCAUUUUGUCGCAACGGACAAAUGACGAAGUUGCCCGUGAGUUUGUGCGCCUCAAGUCUGAGAGGAGAUCCGAAGGAGGUGAAGGUUGAAGCCUCGACCCACGGCUCUGCUGGGGAGCCCAUUUCAUGAGCUGCCAUCAUUUUAACAUAAAGUGCCUCCUUUCCAAGAUUAAAAACAAAAAAAAUAAUACAGAAGGAAAUAACAACUGAAACCAAAUCAAUCCUUGAUUCAGCUUUUUUUUCUUUCCUCGUUGGAAAAUAAAUGUUUAUAACUGUCGCACUUCAGGGAUGUAGUUGAAAAGGCUCCGAUUGUAGUAGGCACCAAUUGACCGAGACUGGCUCCCAGAAUCAUCACCGCACAUAGAGUAUAAUCCACAGGAUCAAACACAGCUGGCACCAGAGAAGGGGACCAGGGAAUGGGACCAGGGAAGGUGACUUUUGUACAGCUACGCAGUAUCUUUCCAAACCUUCAUCAAGGCAGUGUUUUUUGUGUCUCUCCUUCACCGAUGUUCGUAGUUGCUACAUGUACAUCUUUUUAUCGGUGAUUUAAUCAAACAAAUUUGUCACAUAAUUCUUUGUUGUAUCUUGUUUUCUUUCUAAGUAUUGCUCUAUUUUCAAAACCAACCCGCAGUAGUGUUAUCUCUGUUGAUCAAAGCACUACUUUUAUUUUAGUCACUUAAUAUUUGUCAUAACACAACAGAAAUAAGCCGUAAUAGACCGAUCCAUUAUAUAGCCAGGGGUGGAGCUAUACUUGAGAUAAACUUGAGGUACAUCUCUUGUUUGCCAAGAGUUGGGCCUAGAGUCGGCACUUUACUCUUAUGGUGGCAACUUGUUUAACUUUUGAAUUGGAAAUUUAACAUGUCAGAAUUUUGUCGGAUUUUGGGGCGCAGAUAAGAUAAAUCACAGUUUGUGAUUGGUCACGGGUUGUGAUUGGUCAGUGCAUUUAGGGUGGGGGGAGGGGGUGUAGGAGCUUAAUGGAUUGGUCUAUUCAGUUUUUAGGAAUCUUUAACAACUUGUUCAUUGGGAAACAUAGAGUAUUGGGUCCGUUGCAUUAUGACAUGUAUGUAUGCAUGAGCUUUGCUCCUUUUAUAUUUGCAGGCAAGUGUUAACAUUUAGAGACAUUCACGGCGCAGUCCAGUGGACAACUCCGUUGAG